UGUUUCAUUUCAGGCUUUGCAAUGACGUGAUGUCGAAGAGGAAUCACACUUUGAAACCGCGUGUGGUGCUACCUGAGAACUAUGUAAAAGAAAUGCGGCCCCCGGCACGCAAAGGUCAGCCUGUCAUCGUUGAAUUCAGUAUAUACGUCGUGGAUGUCAACUCCAUCAACGUUGAAGACAUGGACUUCAGGGUGGAUAUGUUCAUCAGACAGACCUGGAGGGAGACCAGACUCCAGCUUCCGGAGGACAUAUUCGAGGAAGGCGAUGACCACGUCACUCUCCCUCCAGAGUUCUUUGACAACCUUUGGCACCCAGACCCUUACUUCCUAAACUCUAAAGUCACAGAAAUUGCAGAAUUAACGCACAAGUUCUCAUCCGUCACAUUGUACAGAAACCAAACGGUGCGGUACGCGGCCAGGAUGCACGCGAUCAUCGCCUGCCAAAUGGAAUUUCAACUCUAUCCAAUGGACAUACAGUCGUGCCCUAUCUACAUUGAAAGCUUUUCCUAUAGCAACCAGAAAGUAAGGUUCCGUUGGAGCGAAGCUGGGGUCACAAUCAACCCUGAAUUGAAGUUACUGCAAUACCACAUAGGGGAGCCGCUGCGACUUGAAGAAACUAACGGCUACAUGAUCGACAAAGACGGUAACUACUCCCGUUUAGUAGUCUACUUCAGGUUCGAGAGACAGAUCGGCCACCACCUAAUCCAGACGUUUGCUCCUUCGUCGCUGGUCGUCAUGCUCUCCUGGUUCAGCUUCUGGCUGGACCUGGACGCCAUCCCCGGCAGAGUCACGCUGCUGGUCACCUGCAUGUUGACCCUGGUCACCAUGUUCACAGGCCUUAGGGCUGAUAUUCCACCAGUGGCUUAUGUAAAGGCGCUAGAUUUAUGGAUGGCUGGCUGCAUGAUGUUCGUGUUCGCGGCUUUAGGGGAAUUUGUGGUCGUCAAAGUACUGGACAAACAAUAUCAGAUGAAUAAGAACAAGUCUCAAGAGCUGCCGAGAAUAAUUCCUGUGCGGUUGAAUGGCGAGAAAGGAUCUUGCGGCACGGUCGCAGCUUGGGAGGGCAGCGGCGUUAGAUGCCGCAAGGUGGAUCUGACCUCCCCUACAUCUCCCGCCGCCGCCACCCCGGCGGUACAUCCUGCCCCUUCAGCGCCACACAGCGUGCCUCACCUAGUCGGCGUAGAACGGCGUCAGAGCAUAUUACAGGUAGCUUGGCUAGACGCCGACACCGGUCAAGAACGCGUGCUAUGGAGAGAGAUAGAUAAACUAUCUCGCGUCGUGUUCCCAGCGUUGUUUCUUCUAUUCGUCACCAUGUACUGGCCCGUACUUCUCCUCAAGACGAAAACCUCUUCAUAACGCUUAAUCGACCACGCAUUAUUGCCAUCCCGUCGCUAUUGAAAUAAAUUAGACCCGCGACGCUUCGACAAACGUUUUCCAGGGCGAUAUCGGAUUACCUGUUCGAUUAUAGAGUACUGACUGAGUCUACACAUAUAGUCCGGAAUGUAAUCUGAAAGAAAAUUUUUAGUGUAUCCGGGCGGCUUGCGGAAGCGGUACGGGUUCGAAUCCCGUCUGAUGCCUGAAUUGCAUAGAUUUUCUACUAGUAAGGUUUUUCUUACGAUUAAAAAUCUAGCAUUUAAUAUACCAAAUAUGUAAAAUGAAACUCAAAAAAUAUAUUGCAAUUGAAGUUCAUUUGCAACCAACAAUAAUUAGCGCCAACGUAAAUUGAGUCUGGAUUACCGCGAGUCUACUGUAUUCUAAAAUAAUGGAAAAAUGUUGGUGGUUUUGUAGAAUUACCUAUAAAUUUAAAGUGCUUUACAAUCGUGUUGUUUAUUGUAAAAUCUUUAUCAAGCGUUAAUUUAGUUAUGAGAUUUAUUAAGUUAUUAGUAAUUUAUUUUUUGUAAAAAAUAUGAAAUAGGUAUAACGAUCUGAGCUUAAGAUUGCAUGACAAUUAAAGUAUGACCAUCAUGGGCCGAUUCUGGCAUUAUCUUCUAAACCUAAAAUUAAAAUUGAUAACUGUGCCAUCCUUGUCAUAAUGUAAACAAAAUGAAGAAGAGAGACUGUUUUCAAAUUAAACUGAAACCUUAUUACCACAAAAAAGUUAAGCAUGCGUUCAACAUGAGUUCAAGAAACAGUGUCAUACAAUGCCUAAAUAAGGUUUAAACAGUAUUGCCGAUUCUGGCAUGAUUCUUUAAAUCUAAACUUAAAUUUGACAGCAGUGUUUCCUUAUCACGCUUUAUACAGAAUAAAAAGGAGCAAGGAUAGACUGAAGUUAAAUUUAGUUUGAGGUUAAAGAAUCAUGCUAGAAUCGAGACCAGUAUCUAACUUUUUUGUAGUAAGAUCGUUAGUUUUGAAAAUGAUACCAGAACCAGGCACCAUAUAAUAUACUCUUAAAACUAAGUAAAUACAUAUUUGUAUUCUUAAAUUUGCCAUAUUGUAAUUAUUAGUGACUGAAUUUGAAGUUUGUUUUUCUUUUGUUCAUCUGUACACUUGGAGCUCUACUCUCUUACUCCGAAACGAAAUUUUGGUAACGAACGAAUUUUAAACGAAAUUAUGCCAAUGACUCUACUCAAUUUCAUUUUUUGCACACGCACAUCAUGUUCGGAAUCACAGACAAUUUUCGUGAACGUAUGGAAUGAGUCAUGUUUGUGAGUUCUUUUAUCUCCACUUUUUAGAUUACCUGUUUUACUUGGAAACAAUAUUACUUUACUACAAAAUUUUCGAUGACAUAAAAAGAACUUUCUUUGACAGUGAUUGCCGACUAAUUUGUAGAGUUGAUGCACUUCAAUUGUAUGGCAACCUAAAUUUGUCGUUUAAUACUUUGAAGUAUUGGAAAUAUAAUAAUUAAUUAAAAUUUGGUGUAUUUGUUAAUUUAACAUGCUAAAAAAUGUUCCUCACGCUAAGCAGCCUUGAUUAAAAAACUCUAUCAGUCAAUUUAAGCUUAAUUUUAACAAAAGUCCCAAAACGAAAAUGAAAAGGUAACAAUUUUCAUUUCGUCAAUUUGAGGUUAAAGUUUCGAACAAUUAUAUGUCAAAUUCAACUUUUCGUUUGAAAGUUUUGUGAAUUAGAGUAGGCUUGGAGAAUUUAAUUGUCAAACUAUUUUCGGACGAACGAUUUUUCGAAAUGAAAAGGAAAUAGAGUAGGAAACGUGCGAAACGAUCGAAAUUUAGUUUUUCGUUGAAAUAGAGUAGGCCUCCUGUACUGGAAAAAGUAUUUUAAAGUACGAACCUUGUUACAAAUGAUUCAUUAAAUUUUCUUAGCUAAAAAUUGCAUCAUCGUUAAGCUUUACAAUGAGUCACUAUUUAAGCGAUGAUAGAAUUGUAACCGAUAAAUCGGAAUAGUUAGAACAUACGGAAUUUAAUGCACCAAAUAUAAGUACUAGAGAUAAUAUAAAACGUGUCUGCAAAGUGGAAAUAAUUUUAUAUUAUAACCAUUGUAUGGUGCUGUUGUAGAGAAUUAGUGUUAACCCGGGUCCAUGCGAUAUUGCACUGCACGUAUAAAAAGCUAUAAAAUAACGAAUUUAAAUGCACAAGACGUGUCAUAUUUAUUAAAAAACGGUACGGUGCAGUACCAUGUGAACAGGAAGUCAUAGUAAAACACGUAUAUACAGCAUGUUUCAGGUCAUUGUGUUCAUACUAUCGAAGAAUAGGUAACAAUUUUCAAUAUUAUUUAAACGUGCAUUAAUAAAUAAAAAUAUGGACAUUCAUGUUUUCAUAUUUAUGCCAUUAAUAUCAUAAGCGACAUCCAUAUUUUAUGGUAGAACCAUACUAUAUUGAUGAGACACGUUUUAGGCAUUAAAGAAAACUGAAACAUCCUGUAUUUAUAUAAGUUAAGUGAGGGUGUUUUCACAUGCGUCAUCGUCUCAUUCGUUUCAGCUUUAAGCAUUGUGAUAAUGAUAGGUUAUGGAAUUAAAAAAAAGAGUUAUUGUUAAGAUUAUGCCGAUAAAUAUGAUUACUAAAGAGUUAGAUUAAUAUUUAGCGAGUUUAAGUUAUUAAGUUCCAUGUAGAUACAAAAAUCGUCCAAGGAGCGAGUAAAAAGGUCCUCAGUGUGAGAUGUAGGAAAUAUAGUAGUUACAUAAAUCUAUUCUGCAAAUGAAAUUGAUCAAAAGUUUGUGUUUGUUGUACACAGUGCUGGAAUAAUGGACAAUUUCGAGUCACUCAACCAUAUUAGUCCUGACUAAAUUAAAAUAAAAAAUAGUGUGCACGGUCCACACAUCUGAAGUGAAACUUCUUUUCACUUAAUAACCUAAUAUUAGGCGGCGCUCGUAGCGUUUCAGCCUUCGCCGAGUUACCCUCCAACUUUCAUGCUCGUCGGAAAGAGCUGCAAAUUCAUCCACACACACACACACACACACACACAUAUAUAUAUAUAUAUAUAUAUAUAUAUAUAUACAUAUACAUAUGUGACGCUCGUGUAGCAUUUCUCUUUUAAUCUUUUCCAAAGGAUUUUUCCAUUUAUACCCCGUUGGAAAAGAAGUGUCACUUUAAUAAUCGUAUACAAUAUUUUAAAUACGUACAUAUUAAUUACUCCAUCCAACAAAAGCUUUUGAAAAUAAACAAAAAAAAGAUUUGAAACGAAAUAAAUAUUCAAAACUAUUAAAAAUUGGAACCGUCCCUUUGAACUCAUAUUAUUUUGGUCGUUACCACAUUUUAUUUUAUUUUAUUUAUCACAAGGAAAUCACGCACACAUUUUUAUGUAUGUACGUACUUUAAGAUAACUUUAAAAUGAUGACCUCUUUAAUACUUUAUUUUGAUAGCGUUACUUAUUCAUAUCAUUAUUUCAAUGACAAAAUUUAAUUGUUGAUUAGUAUGCUUGAAUCAUGUCGGAGAAAGUUGUUCAGUACAAAAUAUAAUUUUUCCAAAGUAUUUUGUCUUUUUUUCAUUACGUUCUCAUUAUUCUGGACGAAAAGCUUACAUGAUAUUGGUCUUUGAUGUUAUGAAAUUAAAAAAACAGCUCUUUUGUGAUUAGCACACUAGCUUUUAUUUUAGUUUUAAUACAACGUGCAGACAUACAAUUAAUGGAGUAGAACGAAAGUGAAAAAAAAAAACUUAUACCAACAUUAACAUAUUCCUUCUUUGCAUUGCAGCCAACUUAAAUAUUAUGGAUAAACAUUGCCAUUUUAAUAACACCCCUUCUGAAUGUUUAUGCAUUUUAAACAAAUUUAUCUUAAAUCUAACAUAUGACUAUAAUUAUUAUUAACUAUGAUUUAUAAACAUUAGCAGUUAAACAUCUCUACCUUUUAGCUUACAAUUUGACAUUGCAUUGUGUUAAAAAACUUAAUUAAUAAGUCCUUACUUAAUGACUUUGUUAGCAUGUCUGCCAAUUGUUCACAGGUACUUAUGUACUGAAUAUCAAUUUUAUUUAGAUUUUUAAUUAAAUCUUUAAUGAAGUGAUAUCUGAUAUCAACAUAUUUAAGACGUUUGACUGAGUCUGUACAUGCAUUCAAAAUAGCUGACUGAUUGUUACAAUACAACUUAAUUGGGCUAUCAUUUUGAACAUCCAAGUCAUGUAGCAAAUUAAUAAGCCAGCACGCUUCAAUUGCUGCCAUACUCAUAGAAACAUAUUUAGCUUCAGUGGAAGAUAAGCUUACAGAAGAUUGCUUCUUUGAAAACCACAUAAUCAAACAGUUUGCGAAAGUGAACAAAUAGCCAGAUGAGGACUUUCUGUCCCCCUGAUCACCUCCCCAAUCUGCAUCACAGUAGCCUUGCAAUGCACUAUCAUUACACUUAUAAACUAUUUUAUAAUCUAAGGUAUGCUUCACAUAGCGCAAUACUCUCUUAAGUGCACUAAGUAAUGCACUAUUGGCACAUUUCUGAUAUCUACUUAGCAAAGAAACUGCAAAACACAGGUCAGGCCUAGUACCUGAGACAGCAUACAUAAGACAGCCAAUAAUUUGCCUACAGAUUCCUUCAAUAUCUUUAUCACACUUAGUAUUUAUAUCAAAUAGUUUAGUAUUAAAGUUCAUAUGCAAGGGUGUCAACAUAGGUUUGCAAUUUUCUAUAUUAAAUCUUUUUAAUAUAUUUUCUAAGUAAUUUCUUUGUGAUAAUGUAGUUACACCAUUUUUUAAGUUUUGUUUCACAUUUAUUCCUAAAAAAUCUGAAAUUAAACCUAAAUCUUUCAUUUUAAAUUCUUUGUUUAAUAUUGUUUUUAGGUUAGUGACCUUAUUUUCAUUAGUUCCAAAAAUUAGCAAGUCAUCGACAUAAAUUAACACAAAUCUUUUAUCUUUACCACUAUACUUUUUAUACAAGCAUGGAUCACGUUUAGAACUUAUAAAGCCUUCUUGUGUUAAUAGCGAAUUAACUUUAAUAUUCCAGGAUUUAGGCGAACUUUUCAACCCAUACAAUGACUUAUUUAAUUUUACAAUAUUAUUAUCUCCUGAGUAAGCCCCUUCUGGUAAACUUACUUAUACAUUUUCUUUAAUCUCACCAUAUAGAAAAGCCCCUGUGACAUCCAUUUGGUAUAUAGGUAAGUUAUAUUUCGUUGCAAUUAUUACAAAUAACCUAAAAGUUGUUAGCUUAGCAACUGGGGCAUAAAUGUUACUUAAGUUGAUUAUAUCUUGUUGUUCGAACCCCCUAGCAACAAGCCUAGCCUUAUACUCUUUGACAUUAUUUACAUUUUUUAUCUUAAAAACCCAUUUGCUACUUAUUGGCUAUGUACUUACAGGUAAUUCACAAACUUCCUAUCUGUUAUUGUCACUCAGUGUCUUAAGUUCCCUAUCGAUAGCUGCUCUCCACUUACUGGCAUCGCUCCGGCUCAUGGCAUCACCAUAUGUGAUGGGAUCACACACACUUUGGUCCAGGUGCACCCUAUUACACUUGUAAAACACUGUUUGUUUACGUUCACGCUGACACCUUUCCCUUUUAAUGGGUGAGUCAAUCUCUUCCAAUAGGUUUUCUUCUUCACUGCAUGGCAAGUAUUCACUGUCAUAUUCCGAGUUAUCUUCUAGGAUGAGCCAAUCUUUUCCAAUAGGUUUUCUUCUUCACUGCAUGGCAAGUAUUCACUGUCAUAUUCCAAGUUAUCUUCUAGGAUGCUACUUAUUUGGGUUGCCUCUAUCUCGUUGUGGUCGGAGGUUGUUGUUAUCUCAUCAAUAUCUGUAUUGGAACUAUUCUCUUGCACUGUCUCCUCUUCAAGGUUUAGGGACACUACAUUUUGCUCUUCACCUUCCUUCACUUGAUGUUUUUCCUUCUCUUCUUGCUUUACGAAUACAAUGUCCCUUUUUGUUUCCACCUCAUUUUUCUCAGGAUAGUAAAUACGGUAACCUUUCACAUCCUCUUCAUAUCCGACCAUCAAUCCCUUUUCUCUUUUUGGAUCUCACUUCAGUCUCUUUUCCUUUGGAAUGUGUACAUAUACUUCUGUACCAAAGGUUUUUAAUUCAUGAAUAUUGUAUGUUUUCCCAGUCCAUACCUCAAAUGGAGAUCGCCCAUCCUCAAGGCUCUUACCAGUCCUGUUCAACACGAACACUGCUGUAUUUAUGGCUUCGGCCCAUAAUUUCUUUGGUAAAUUUCUCUCAUGUAUCAUUGUCCUGGCCGCUUCCACCAAUGUUCUAUUUUCUCUCUCAGCCUUUCCGUUCUAUUCUGGGGUGUAUGGUACUGUGAUUUGGUGUGUUAUUCCACGACUUGUAAACAUUUCCUUCACAUACCUGUUCACAAACUCCAGGCCGUUAUCACUUCUGAAUGUCUUCACCUUGUUUCCAGUGUUAUUCUCAGCCUUAUUUAUAAAAUCCUCAAUUAUAUACUUGAUCUUAUCUUUUGUUUUCACAAAGUACACACUUCUGAAGUUUGAAUAGUCAUCUUUCAGCACAACAAAGUACCUUGACCCACCAACUGACGGUUCCUCCAUUGGACCGCAGGUAUCAGCAAGAAUUAAUUCACAUGUUCUGGUACUCUUGUGUUCGCUUCUAUUAAAUUGCAAUCUGUGUAUUAUCCCAACCAAGCAACUCUCACACGCCGGGUUGGAUGUUUGUUUAACCUCAAUGUUGUUUUUCCGCAAGAUAUCUUUUACGUAGAAGAAGUUUUGAUGCGCCAAUCUUCUGUGCCACUCGUUUAGGUCGUUCGACGCUAAUUUUGCAGUAUUCGCAAUUUCAAAAUUAUUAUUAUAGCGUAAAUCCAAAUAAAACGCAUUUCCAAUUAUUUUCGGAACCGCACAAAUUUUGUUCGACUUCAAAAAUUUGCAUGAGCUGUCAUCUGUCACCAUGAUAUAACCUUUGUCUGUGGCGCGAUUUACCGAAAACAAGUUCGUUUUUAGUUCAGGGAUAUAGCGUAAUGGCACCAGUGGUCAGCCUCAUAACGACUUUUUGAAGUUUGGAAAGCUGGCAUUUUUACAGGAUUGGUCGGAUAAUGAAACGUAGUGCAUGAUUGGAUUAAUUGUUUAUUAUAGUUUUAGAACAACAUAUGUUAAAAACAAUCUUUCUCUUUAUAAAAUAUAUAUUUAAAUUCAAACAAAAAACAGUGGUCAGCCUCUAAAAUCCAAUAAUCAGCCUCGAUGAACCCAGUAUUCAGCCCUUAUUAAUAAGCAUGAGAUCAAAAUGAGCAUUAUUUAUAUCAAAAUCAACGAUAUUAUUAAGUUCUCUCUUAUUAUUUAUAGCUAAAAUAUCAAAACAAAAAAAAAUCUCACCUGCCCGUAAUAUUAUUGUGACCAAACAGUCAUAGUACUUAUUUGUGUUCUUAUUUUUUGGAACUUCAUCAUAAAAACAUCAGUAGACCAGACCAUUUAUGGUCUAUUUAUAUAAAGUAUGUAUGCAUUUUUGUAUAUUAUGUCAAUAUUCCUCUCAGGUUUAAUACACAUAACAUGAAAGAGAUAUAGGUCACUAGUAAAUCUACUAAUAGUACCUACUUUGUAAAAACUAUUCUUACAAUCAAAUAAUUUCAGUCCUAAUCUUCCUAUUUUUAUAUAUCUCAACUCUCUUAUAUAUCAACAAACAUAUAUAUCUCAUACUCAUAUUUAUCUAAUCACCCGAACUGCUACGUUAUGGCUUCCAUGGUGGAAGAGAGUUUCUCUGGGAGAUAUGUUUAUCUUGGCGGAAUUUUGGGCUGAAAAUAUACACAAUUAUUUAUCAAAUUUUUAUUUUCAUAGGUACCUUCUCAAUUAGUGAAAUACAAACUACUUUAAUACAUUUUAUAACUAUUUCAGGUAAAACUAAAAUGUAGUCUACCGACGUUCUUAAAAAUACUACCUAAAUGGGUAUAAUCGAAGACACUGUUAACUGUACAUUUACAAAAGAACAUAAACCUUGUCGCAACGUACUAAAGUCUAUGGGUGGUUAACAGUAUCUUCGUUUGCUAGAUCGGGGUUGAAUACUGGAUUUUAAAAAUAAUUCAAGAAUCCAGUGAUCAGCCCCGGGGGGCCGGCCAUUGGAUAUUUUAUAAAAAAGUAGUACCCAAUGGUCAGCCCCCACAAUAUUUACGUAAAUCAGCGAUAUUUUUAUUCAAAUUUAAUAUAAUUCAAUACAUGAAGUAACAAAUAAAGCCAAAUUGCAUAAAAGACUAUCACAUUUCAUAAUUAAACAUGUGUUUUCUUACCUUUAAAGAGAACACCACGCGAAGUAAAAAAUAUAUCGGACAUGACAAUACUGCGCUUUUCAACCGCCGUCACCUGUAUGAACGAGUAUAUUUCUCCCCCCUGAUCCCCUGCCGCAUCUAUCGUGUGACAUAUUAACCAAUGAGGAAUCAAAGUUUCUAUUAAAGUACACGUUCUUCGUUUAUUCUAAUUGUAGCGAUAUUUAUGACUAAUAAACGACGCAAAGGGCUGUCCACUGGUUCCUGGCUGACCACUGGUGCCUUUACCCUACAGCAUUUUGUCUAUGACUGUGUCAAUCCAUUCGUUUCCGUUUGAUACUUGAACUGCCAUCUGUCCGUAACCAAGCGCAUUUAUCACUGCUCCAUUACCGAUGAUUACCGGUUUUGGCGAAGUAUUUGAGAAUGAUGUAAACAAUGCACGGUCCCGGCACAUGUAUUCACUAGCGCCAGAAUCCACUAGCCACUUGGAUUUUUGUAGUUGAUGCGACAGGUUAGACAUCACAAAUGCGUUACUAUUCGUUUAUUUUCACUUGUUGACGUUCUUUGUUUUCUAAAACGGCACUGGGCUUUAAAAUGUCCAAAUUUCCCACAAAAGAAAAAAGUUAUUAUUCUUGCUCACGUUCCUUUCACUAUUAGUUUUAUUGUUACUUUUACUCUCGGUUUGAUAAUGUCCACUUUUACCAGAUUUGAAACCUUUUGUUGAUCCUUUAUUUUUCACAAAAAAUGCAGAAGCUUUUACUCGCUCUUCUUCAAUCAGUAGUCUGGCCACUAAAUUAUCAAAUGUUUGUUUGUCGUCAGAUGCAGACUCCCAAGCCGAAACGAAAUGUUUAUAUUCGUCUGGUAACGACAUUAAUACUUUCGUGAUUACAAUUUUUUCUGAAAUUGCUUCACCCAUCUAUUUCAAUUGGUUUUGUAGUUCUUGUAUCUUAGAUAAGAAAACGGACAUGUCGAUGCCUCUUUCGAACUUAUAUUGAAAAAAUCUCUGCUGUAUGAUGUGCACACUAGUCUCAGUUUUCUGUUCAUAUACACUAUGAAGUUUUCGCCACAUCUCGGCAGAACUCGUACAUGUAAUAAUAUGCAGCAUUGCCUCUUCCGACAUUCGUGUUACCAGCAACGUUUGCGCUUUGGCAUCUUUAGAUUCCUAGGCAUGUAUCUCAGUGGCCACUUCGGGCUUCACCUGUCUUCCCUCCACAAUGUUUAACCACCCAAGGCCCCUCAAUUGUACUGUUGUUUGGAAUUUCCAGAUAUUCCAAUUUCCGGCCCCUUCUAACUUGAUCAUAUUACCGUUGUUGUUAUUUCCCUCCAUUUUGACCCUGUCCUCCCAACUAAGAACAAGUACUUCUCGACGAUGUUCCGCAGUACCCGAGCCUGAGCACCACGCCGCAAACUGUAGUGAGCUAACCUCACUUUUUCCUUCUCGCCGAUUUUGCUGCUGCCGUAACUAGCGUCAACUUACAUCAAGCUGUUAUGGGACUGGGCCUAUAACCUGAUGUUAUGAAAUUAAAAAAAACAGCACUUUUGUGAUUAGCACACUAGCUUUUAUUUUAGUUUUAAUACAACGUGCAGACAUACAAUUAAUGGAGUAGAACGGUAGUGAAAAAAAAAAACUUAUGCCAACAUUGACAUAUUCCUUCUUUGCAUUGCAGCCAACUUAAAUAUUAUGGAUAAAUAUUGCCAUAUUAAUAACAGUCUUCUAUUUCACAAACUUACGUCGAAAAUAUGACGAUCGUGUUUUCUACGUCUGUUCGGCCCUUUUUUUUUACCUCUACACUGCUUAGUGCGGAGCCGCAGGGUCCCCGUUAGGGAUUCUACCACGGCUCCACCCCCAGCAGCUUCCCGGCCUCGCCGGGGCUCCACGGCAGGGGUCUCCCGCGGUAUUUCGGGAACCCCGUAGACGUGUGCACGUAGGCCCGUGCGUGGGGGCUGGAUACGCGGCCUACUGCCCACCAUACCGCCCCCCAUCCGCUGCGGAAAGCUGUAGCCCCCCCCCCCCCUUUGCAGAUAGAAUCGCAUGGGGAGGGCCGCCGUUCCUGGGAGGGAGGACCAGGAGGGGAAGCGUUCCCGUCCCUCUCCCCCCUCCCGGUCGCCCACGUCUCUCCGCAUCUUCUCCUGGAAGAAGACGGGGGAAGCGCGGGCGACACCAUCCGAGGGGUCCGAGCGGCCAAGGCUACUCGGACAUCCCCCCCUCUGAGGGCACCCGUGCGGGUGCCGAUGCCUCAGAGGUCAUUCUUUCAAGGGCUUCCCCUUUGUUACAGGCGGGUCACAUUUCCCCCUCCCCAUAACGUGGUCAGCCGGUUUGCCACUCUCCGCGCACACGGCGCAGCGGGGCUGGGCAGCGCAUCCCGCCGCCCUAUGCCCCGCUUUCCCACACUUGAAGUAGAGUGUACUCCGGUCUUCGCCAGAUGGGCACCUUGCGGCUACGUGCCCUUUUGCCAUUCACCGGUAACAGUGUGUACGCCGGCUGAGGGCCUUCACCUGAGCCAGGCUCCAGCCCACCCUGAUUUUUCCCCCUUCCACCACUUUUUUGGCGGCCCAUGCAGGACACCUGAAAAGUGUGCCCCCCAUUCCUACCGGUCCCGGGUACACUACCCCCGCCUCCCCUGGCCACCGCCUCCCUUAUCUCACUCAGGGUGAGCGAUUUGUCCAGCCCCGACAGUCGUAGGUCCUCAGUCUUCUCAGGCCUGAGAACCUCGGCGUACUCCUGUACCACCUCUCCCAUACGCUUUGCCAGAGCGUCCGCCUUCACCCUACUGUCCGGGCCUGGGACCACCAGGAGCUUAGACCCCGUCUGGCUGGUUAAGAAUUUUAAUUAUUAAAAAUGUUAAAAUAUAAUUGAUAAAAGUAAUUUCUGUGACUAUAGUUUAUGUAUAUAUUUAUACUCUGAACAGAGAUAUAGGGUUAAUUACCGGCAGUCUUCUUCGUCUGUUGCGAUCUCCGAAUUGAAGUCUCAUGUCGUCAGGCCCGGAAGCGGCGGCGUACUGCUUAUUGAACUUUGAUUCAGACCUAAAGCAAUAGACAAAGAGUUGCUUUUAGAUUGAUAAACACUGUGAAUAUGUCUGAUAAUAACAGAGACAUAGGUAUAAACUUACGAACAUUAUUUCAGCGACUUUUAUUCUCUUUGACAUUUUAUGAACAAGCAGAGAGACUUAUUUGAUCACUGUAUGAACGUAAUUGGUUCUGAAUAUUAAAGUAACCUCAUUUAUACUAAAAUUUUCGUAAUGUAUGUACAGAAAAAAUUGGGUGUGUGAAAUUCACACAUGUGUAAAAAUUAAAUCAGCACAAAUGUGACAAACAAUUCUAUCAAAUAACAAAAAAUAAAGUUUAAUUUAUUUAAAUUUGUUGCAAAUAAAGGGUCUUCAUAUUACAAAGCAAUAUCCGCAUAGCGGCAGCGGUCUGAUAUUAUUACAUACCUAUCUAUGUGGCAUGAUAGACUGGGAUGACAUAAAGAAAAAUAGAAUGUACUGGGUGCUAACUUCUGCAUGCAUAUAGCAAAGUCUAACUUAUCCCAUUACUACAAAACGCGGCUAACCUAUGUUGUCUCUGUUUUAUUUUUAGCAAACAAAUGACUGCAUCAGUUUUAGUCCAGGCAUAAUUUUAGUCUGCGUUGUAGUUAGGCCGUAUAGGUUUGGAAAGUAUGAAAAUAAUAAUAUAAGAGUUACUUUUGCUGAUAAUUACUGUAUAUAUAUAUGCACCUUUAUACUUAUAAAUUACCGAAUAUUAGCGUUCCGUAUCUCAACGGAAAAAACGAACCCUUAUAGAAUCACUUUGUUAUCUGACAAAACACUUUGUCUCGGGAACGCGUAAAGGUAUCGAGUUUAAAAAACUAUAUAAUAGAAAUACUUUGGUGUUCGUCUGUUUAUCAAGAUUCUUUAUCUCAGGAACUUAGAUCUACGAUCUCGUGAAGCUGUGUAAAAACAAACUUCAAAGUAAACGUAGAAAGGUAUUAAUUUGCAACCAUAUACUCAAGUCUAUGGCUCCAUGAAGCUUUAAAAACUAGACAAUAAGUUAAUGUGAAACAAAAAUAAACCGCUUAUGUUGUGUUCCUACUAAUUUGUACGGAACCCUCGAUUGGCGAGUCCAACUUGUCCGAUAUUUAUUAACUUUUAAAGUUUAACUGAAAAAAUAUCUUAAGUAAAUAUUUCUUGUUUAUACAUAUGCUAGUUGUCUUAAGCACCAAACGCUGUUUUUAAUAAUUAAAAUAUAAUAUUUUGUAUCGAACCUAGACUAACAUCAAGGUUAUAACCACUGAACCAACGACAAAAUGCAAGUUUAUCAUUUGUCGUUCACAGAACUUUUCCACGUAGCGUAGAUUUUUUAAUAAACGUCUCGGGUUAUCGCAACGAAAGCGCGACUAAGCAUAAUAUGGUGUUGACAAAGCUCAUUAUUCACAGUACGCUAUAUAAUCGCUGCGUUGUACGAAUUGCUACGUUGUUUAGUGUGCUAUACUGAGCGAAUAAAUCUCAACUAUCAGUGUACAUGAUCCAUUAUAUUUUAGUUAUAGUUUAGUUUUUAAGUUUGUUAACUUAACAUCAACGCGUACUAGUCCAGUCAAUAUAGACACUCCAGUUUGCAUUAAUUCCCAACAAGCUGGAUUUUUGUGCAGGCCUUGAAUACGUCAUUACAAAUGAUAUGUCAAAAGUCCCCAUCGAUCCCGCUUGUGCGUUGUUUUUUAUUCGAGGUCAAAGGUCACAAAUUUUCGUUUUUUGCGUAUAUCUCUGAAACAAUGAGAGCGACCGAAAAAUAGUUCAAACAAAGUUUGUCGAUCGUAAAAUUGUCUACAAAAAAGAUCUCAACACUUUUCUUCUACUAAGCAUCGCUUUCGAGAUAUCGUGACUUUAGACCGCAGAAAAGUCGUAUUUUCGACUAUAUGCACACAUUUCCGCACCACCUCUGAGGUAGUGUACACGGCGCUUCUUUUUUUACGAAUAGGAAUACUCAGUAGGAAUACUCCACAAUAUAUUUUAAUCGAGAGAAUGUUAUGGGACACUAUAUAUUUUAUUAUAUACAUAUAUACUACUUUAUUGAAGAUUUUUUUUUAUUUGAAUUUAACGAAAAUUUUAACAGCAAGAAAAUUACAUCAUCAUUCAUCAUCAAAUUCUUCAUAGUCACUUGUUUCUUCCUCUUCACUGUCUUCUUCCUCUUCUUGCUCGAUUUGUAUAGACUGCUCCAAGAAGAGAGAUAUAUCAGUUAUAUCCUCAUCAAUUUCGAAACGAUUUUCAUCUGUUGCAUUUGAUCCAAUGUUGGUGCAAGAUUGGCCUCGGCAAUUGGUACAUACCAAUGAACAAUACAAUCCAACUUUUCUGCACCCGCAAUUGUUUGUGCAGCCUUUUUUGCAAUUACAAAAAAUUGUAUUGAGUAAUUUUUCUGGAGCAGGUGGCAGUAAAGUCUGGAUUGGGUCCAAACUAUUAUUCAUCAAUUUCCAGCCCCAAUCUUCAGGAUUUAGAUCAUUGCCUAGCCAUACUUGCACUUGGUAGAACACACGAAACAAGUGUUGAUAAGCAGAAGCAGAUGUUGGAGGAAGACAAGAUAACUGCACUCUCUUAUUGUUUCUUGUAUUUUUCACAAAACUCAAAUAUCUAUACUUAAUGAAUUAGGGGCGAACGAUGACUCACUUAAAAUUUCUAUAUUUUUCACGUACUUGUGUGCAUGGGGCUAAUAAAACUAUGUUCUAAUAUUUUUUAUUCAAAUGGUUAACCCGAUGAUGCAUACUGGCCACGUAUGAGUGCAUAUUCGUAUUUUCUAUGUUUAAAAUAGCCCUUUGACCUCGAAUAAAAAACAACGCACAAGCGGGAUCAAUGGGGACUUUUGACAUAUUAUUUGUAAUGACGUAUUCAAGGCCUGCACAAAAAUCCAGCUUGUUGGGAAUUAAUGCAAACUGGAAUCAAAAUUUAAUCUAUUUUGACUGGGUUAUACAGACAGUUUGUCUGAAAAAUAAUCAAUAUAUUAAGUUUGUGUCGUAUGCCUAUAAUCGCGUGUGUAUCAGUGAAAUAAGUACGUGCGUUCCAAGGCAGGUGAGUCUUUAUAUGAAUAUACAGUGUAAAAUUUCUUAUCUAUUAAAUUCAAUAUAAGUGGUCUUAUACUACAUUACUUGUAAGCUCUACAUAAUCUAAAUGUUGUAAAGGAGUCAAGUUUUCAUGCAUUGUCCGAAAUUCAUAACAGAUUAAAUACUUCAUGUUUUAAAACAUGUUUUGUAGGCUCUAUUACGUUUCCCAAUGAAGGGAUACAUUUUUAUUUUGUAGAAAUUUACUUACACUUUUAAAUAUAUGGUAUAAAUGUUCAGCUUCAGUACUUCAUGCAAAAUGUGAUUGGGUCGAGUUCUUCGCAAUGUCCAAGAUACAAUAUCAAAUCUGGGUUGUUUGUACAAGGUCUCCACAAAGUUCGAGACAUACAUUUCAGCUUAGUUUGUAUUUGUAACGAUCCAUCACGCUUUGUAGAUUGGGGGAAAAACACUUAUUAUAACUUAAACAAGUUUGUGAAUAUACUGAGUUCUAUAUAAUGUGUUCAGUACUUCAUGAAAAAAAAUGUGAUUGGGUCGAGUUCUUCGCAAUGCCCAAGAUACAUAUCAAAACUAGGCUGUAUGUAGAGGUCUCCGAAUUGCUCGAGACAAGCAAAUCAGCUUAGUUUGUAUUUGUAACGAUCCAUCACACUUUGUAGAUUGGGGGAAAAACACAUAUUAUAACUUAAACAAGUUUGUGAGUAUACUGAGUUCUACAUAAUUGAAAUAUUGUAAUGGAGUCAGGUUCUCAGCAAUGUCCGAGAUACAUUUCAGCUUUAACUACUUGAAGUCUUAAAAUCUGUUUGAAGGGCUCCUUUCUUUUCCCCGGCAAAGGGAAGCAUUUGAUUUUGUUGUUACUCAUCGGUUGUACGCUUUACGCACUUCCUAGGGCUGAACACCAUCAACAAAUCGAAAAAAUUAAAUGGGAAUUCUAGCUCACAAAUUGCGUCCAGCGAGUUUGGCGAGCGUUAAGGAUGCAAUUUUGUGAGCUAGACUUCCCAAUUUAUUUAUUACUAAUUAUCCCUAACAGUGCGGAUCAGUAGGGACAUAUGGAAUAGGAAGUUUCAUAUAUCUCAGCUGGUAGCGAUAAAUGGAAAGAAAUCUCCAAGUGUCCCUACUAGAGGAGAUAUGUUAGUAGGGAUAUAUGGAACAGCGGGGCAAGAAGAAGGGGAGUAAAAGUAUGAAGUUUUAUUUAAAUUUAAUGUAGUCCUAUGCAAUUUUACUGAAUUUAAUUAUAUUUUUCGGAUUAAUUAAUUCCUCAUUAAUAAACAUUUAAAGAUUUCUGAGCAUAAUUUUAACAUCGGCAUCAUGAGUUAACCAACUCUUUUACUUCCUAAAAUACUAAGAAUUUAGUAAAUUUCUUGCGAAAGUCUGAUUUGGACGAAAGCAAAAGAGGAUUAUUAAUAAAGAAAAAUUACGGAAUCAAUUUCUCUGUUAUUUGAUAAUAUUCCAUCUGAAGUCGGUGCUAAGCCUAUGAAUAAACGUUUAUCUUCCGUCUGUGUAUGAUUGCUG